AUGCCGUCAUUGGAAGAGGAAUUGUUUCCAUCAACCCCAGGCAAGUUCAAAGAUCGAUCCCACACGAUGAACAGGCAAUUCCAUCGGUGUUUCUCUUCAACAAGCACAAUGUUCCUCUGGGCACUAUUCCUGAUUGCCUUAACGGCGUCGUAUUUGAGUUUCCAGUCCUUCGUUGAUUCCGGUAGCCGGUAUUUCUCCUCCUCGUGGGGCGGUCUUCACUGGGAAAAACAAGUCCGUACCUCCGGCCAAAUCCGCCGGCAACAUGGAUUCUCCGUUCUGGUCACCGGUGCAGCCGGUUUCGUUGGGACCCACGUCUCUUUGGCCCUCAAGAAAAGAGGAGACGGCGUCGUUGGGUUAGAUAAUUUCAACAAUUAUUACGACCCAUCAUUGAAGAAAGCAAGAAAAGCUCUGUUGAAUUCUCACGAUAUCUUCAUCGUCGAGGGUGAUGUUAACGAUGCGCGCAUGUUAGCGAAGCUCUUCGAUGUUGUGGCUUUCUCUCACGUUAUGCACUUGGCUGCGCAGGCGGGGGUGAGAUACGCCAUGGAGAACCCUCAUUCCUAUGUACACAGUAACAUUGCUGGGCUUGUGACCCUUUUGGAGGCCUGUAAAAAUGCCGACCCACAACCCGCAAUUGUUUGGGCCAGCUCCAGUUCGGUUUACGGGUUAAACGACAAGGUACCAUUUUCCGAAUCGGAUCGCACUGACCGACCCGCUUCUCUCUACGCAGCCACCAAAAAGGCCGGUGAAGAAAUUACCCACACUUAUAAUCACAUUUACGGGCUUUCGGUAACCGGGUUGAGGUUUUUUACGGUGUAUGGUCCAUGGGGAAGGCCCGACAUGGCUUAUUUUUCAUUUACCCGGAAUAUUUUACAGGGAAAGCCAAUUACUGUUUACCGUGGUAAAAACAAGGUUGAUUUGGCUAGAGAUUUUACGUAUAUCGAUGAUAUUGUGAAAGGGUGUGUCGGGUCAUUGGAUACUGCGGGUAAGAGUACAGGGUCAGGUGGGAAGAAACGGGGUCCGGCAAUGCAUCGGAUCUUCAAUUUGGGUAAUACAUCGCCGGUGACUGUGCCGAUGAUGGUGAGUAUUUUGGAGAAGCAUUUGAAGAUGAAGGCAAAAAAGAACCUUGUGGAGAUGCCCGGAAACGGCGACGUUCCGUUUACCCAUGCGAAUAUAAGCUUGGCACGGAGGGAACUCGGGUAUAAACCCACGAUCCAAUUAGAAGUCGGGUUGAAGAAGUUUGUUAGGUGGUAUCUCUCUUAUUACCACUACAGUCACGGCAAGCCUAUGUAA